CUCCCGCAGAUCUCUGCUCAUGGCAGACCGCCCCAAACAGCCUACCCCUCCUUCAUCUUUUAUUGGCUCCGGAGAGACUUUAAUCAUCACCCUUUAGCCCAAAAUCGUAGGGGCAUGAGGACAAGGAGGUCGGAGUAUCCGACUUCUGAGUGAAGUCCGUUCUGCAACUGUUAGACAAGUGCCCUCUUGGAUCAGACAAAUCAGGCAUAAUCACGGUCUGGUUUUUUAAAUUUUAUUUAAGGAACCCACCCGGGAGAGAGGGUCCCUUUCUGCUUAUGGAUCUCGGAGCAUCGUCCAUCCCUAAGAAGACAUCCCUUGAGGAUUCAGCCUCUGAGCCACAGGCUUCCGCCCCAAGUUGCUGCAGGGAAUUAUGCCGAAUUAUUCCUUCCAACUUCUGGCAAGAAGCAAAGAAAAUUUUGGUGUUGGCAGGGCCGCUGACACUCAUCCAGUUACUCGUAUUUAUGAUCCAUGUCGUCAGCACAAUAUUCUGUGGCCACCUUGGCAAGGUUGAGCUGGCUUCUGUCACCCUUGCCAUUGCGGUUAUAAAUGUAACAGGCAUCUCUGUUGGAUUUGGGUUGUCUUCAGCUUGCGAUACGUUAAUAUCACAGACGUAUGGAGGGAAGAAUAUGAAGAGGGUGGGCACCAUCCUGCAACGGGGGAUCCUCAUUCUGCUCCUCUGCUGCUUCCCCUGCUGGGCCGUCUUUGUCAACACAGAGCAGCUCCUCUUACUCAUCCGACAGGACCCAGAUGUUUCCAGGCUCACACAGGUUUACGUCAUGAUCUUCAUCCCAGCGCUUCCCGCGACGUUUAUUUACCAGAUCCAGAUGAGGUACCUGCAGAAUCAGAGGAUCAUCUGGCCUGAGGUUCUGUGCGGCAUUGCUGGAAACAUCAUCAAUCUGAUUGCAAAUUACGUCUUCCUCUACCAGCUUCACAUGGGGGUUAGGGGGUCUGCCUGGGCCAACACCAUCGCACAGUAUUCGCAAGCUGUUGCUCUCUUCCUGUACAUCAAAUGGAAAAAGCUCCACGCUGAAACCUGGGGAGGAUGGUCCACCGAGUGCCUCCAGGAAUGGGACGUGUUUAUGGCCUUAGCUGUUCCCAGCAUGCUCAUGACCUGCAUUGAAUGGUGGACCUUCGAAAUCGGAAGUUUUAUGAUAGGUCUCCUCGGUGUCCUAGAGCUGUCGUGCCAAUCCAUCAUUUACGAAGUGGCCACAAUCGCCUACAUGAUUCCAUUUGGGAUCAGUGCAUCUGUUAGUGUCCUGGUGGGGAACGCCUUAGGGGCUGGGAAUUUCGAGGAAGCCCGGAAAUCCUUUGUGGUCUCCAUUUUGUGCACAGUGUUUUUUUUCCUGGUGAUGGGCACCCUGACGGCAUCUACAAAGGACGUCCUAGCUUAUAUAUUUACCAGCGAUGAGGAGGUAGUUGAACUCGUAGCAAAGGUCAUUCCCGUCUACGUCGCUUUCCACCUCUUCGAAGCCCUUUGCUGUACCACCAGCGGGGUCCUGCGUGGCACCGGGAAACAGAAGCUUGGCGCCAUCUUCAAUGCCGUCGGGUACUACGCUGUGGGGUUGCCGGUGGCCAUCGUGCUGGUUUUCGUGGCCAAAAUGGGACUCAUAGGCCUCUGGCUGGGCAUGUUGAUAUGCGCCCUUAUCCCUUGCAUAGGCUCUAUAACCUACAUUUGCCGGAUGAACUGGAAACAGGCGGCUGAGGAGGCUCAGCACCGUGCAGGAUUGACCCAGAGGCUGCCCCCGGAGGGUUUGAACUCGGCUCCCGUCCCAACCAAGAUGGCUCCUUCUUCCGGCCAGACAGACGCUCAGAACGGAGCCGUCCUCCUUAGCUUCUCCAAGACCGACGGGCCAACUUACCAGCUCCAGCUGCAGGAUGAGACCGUGACAGGCCUCUCCACUGUGGGGAAAGUCCUGACUACAAGGCAGCUGAUCAUCCAGAGGGGACUGGCCGUUGCAGCUGCUGUCACCAUCCUGGCCAUCGGCGUCACGAUUCGGUUCUUCACCGUUAAAGAUUAGGGAUGCAUUCAAACACACACACACACACCAUUUUGGUUGGUCCAGGAAGGAGACAGGGGGUCCUGUUUGACUUAGAAGCAAGAAACUGGACCCCAGAAUAGCUGGGCGCAGGGCUGUGUUUUGAUGUCAUCAGUGAGUGCAGGCCGGACUUGAACCCAGGACUUGGUGGCGCAAGAAACCCAGCUCCGGCUCAGAGGGGGAUAGCCACACUGCUGCCUGUCACUGUGCUACACUCCCAUCAUCCCUUGCAGUUGGGGGCCAUGUUGGCUGGGGCUGAUGGGAGCUGGAGU